AUGUCAAAAGAUUUUAUGAAAUUUCCCUCGAGGAGAUCAACCGUGUAUUCCCAUAAGGGCAUGGUUGCCUCGACACAGCCAUUGGCAAACUCUGCUGGUUUGAAAAUCCUCGACAAGGGUGGAAAUAGUGUUGAUGCUGCAAUUGCCGUUUCCGCAGCUUUAUGUGUUACAGAACCAGGUUCAACCGGAAUUGGAGGAGACUCUUUUGCAUUGUUUCAUAGCAAAGGGAAGGUGUUUGGAUUGAAUGGUUGUGGUAGGGCAGCUAAAAAUGUCACCCCGCAGGAUGUCUGGGAUGAACAUAAUAACGGGAAACCAAUGUCGAGAAUACCUUACACCUCAGUAUUUUCUGUAACUGUCCCUGGUGCAAUCAGCGGGUGGUAUCAGGCUUACAGUAACUGGGGUUCUGGAAAGGUUACCUUUAAGGAUAUUUUGCAACCUGCAAUUACUUUGGCAAGAGAUGGGUUUCCUGUGUCUGAGCUUUCGGCCCUAAGCUGGAGAAACUCGGUACCUAAAUUGAAAAGUCAGAAUAAAGAUGUAGCCGAAAACCCUUUUGUUCUCGAGGGUGGUAGAGGACCUGAAGAAGGGGAAUUCGUCAAGAACUUGCCAUUUGCUAAAUGUCUUGAAUUGAUUGCAGAAGACGGUGAAAAAGCUUUCUACGAAGGACCUAUUGCUGAGGCAAUUGUUGAAACUACAUCAAAGAGAAACCACAAGCUCACUUUGGAUGACUUGAAGAAUCACACCUCAACAGUUGUCGAGCCAAUCAAGUUGAACUUUCAGGAUCACUCUGUCUGGGAAAUUCCACCAAAUGGCCACGGGUUGGUUGCUUUGUUGGCUCUCGGCUUAAUUCAGGAAUUACACAAUGAAGGGAAAAUUAAUUUGUAUGAGUUGAAACAUAAUUCAGCCGAGUAUUUGCAUGUGUUGAUUGAAGCUUGUAAAUUGGGAUUUCAUGAUUCUGACGAGUACGUUACUGAUCCAACAUUCAGGGAUAUCCCAAUCAAGGAUUUAUUACAUCAUCAAUAUUUGAAGACAAGAGCAAGAUUAUUUGAUCCACGUAAAAUUAUUAAUGGCGAAACCAUGACCCAUGGUGUACCUGACCCAAAAUACAAAUCAGACACAGUUUAUUUUUCAGUCACUGAUUCAAAUGGAGAUGCUUGUUCUUUUAUCAAUUCAGUUUACGAAGGCUUUGGAUCAGGAAUUCUAGUGGAGAAGUUUGGCUUUUGUUUGCAAAAUAGAGGUUGUAAUUUUAAUUUGACUCCCGGAUUGUCCAACUGUUUAGAAGGUGGAAAGAGACCCUAUCAUACCAUCAUACCGGGUAUGAUUACCAAUAAAGACAAUUCGUUGUACGCUGCCUUUGGUAAUAUGGGAGGUUUUGCUCAACCAGUUUGUCAUGUGCAGCACGUUUUAAACAUGAUCGUUUUUGGAAUGACACCUCAGCAACUGCUUGACUCUCCAAGGUUCUCUUUGGAUUCUGAUCACGAUCAUGCGAAGGAUAGAGGAAGGGGGGCUGAUGGUCCUGUCAGAACUCCAAUUACUGUUGUCAAGAUUGAAGAUGGUGUUGGAGAAGAGGUAGUUAAUGAGUUGCGUGCGUUGGGACACACUGUGGACGUAGUCAGUGGGUAUUCACGACAAAUUGUUGGUAGAGGGCAGAUUAUUAAAAACGAAUCAAAGAAUGGUCAAUUGAUCUAUGCUGGAGGCAGUGACAUGAGGGGAGAUGGUGCAGCAGUACCAUUUGUAUGA